CCCCGGCGAGGUUGGCAGAGGAUUGAAUGCUGACUCUUCCCGGGAGAUGGACAGAGUCACCAGGCACCUGGUCUUCCAGCUCCCACAGACCCCGCACAAGCACGACGAUGACGAUGCUCACCAAGCCGGCUCAUUUGCAGAGCAGAGGGCCGACAGCGACGACGACGUGUUUGGCUCCACUCAACCCAGCAGCCAGAGGGUGGAAAACGGCUAUGGCUGGAAAAUGAGGUCAAAGUCACCCUCAUAUUUCCUGGAUGGUAGAAAAGAUGUCUGGAGCCCAUCCCCGGACAGGGAGUCCAAGCUGGAGGUGGUGAGAUCGGGAAGCUUAUACGACCUCAGGGUUUACAGAGGCGAGAGGAAGCCCUCGAAGCUUUACGAUGAGGAUGAGGAGGAACAGUACAGGGUCCCUCCACCAAACAUCUCACCUGAGAAAGCCAGGGAGCUCGAGGAUGAGAGGAGGGAGGUCAUCCGGAGCCAGGUGAUGAGGAAGAGCUCCACCACGGCUGAGAGGUGGAGCUCCAUGGAUGAGCUGAGCUCUAUAAACGCUGGCAUGGGUGGCCAGGGUGAAGGCAGACAGGCGGGCAGCUUCACCACCAGCUUCGCCAUUUGCUUUGACAAGCCUUCCUCGGGGAGGGCAGCAACGCCUGUUGACCCUGAAAAUAUUGACACGGAACAGAUCAACUUCUCCGCUGCUCGGCAGCAGUUCCUGAUGCUGGAAAAGACCAACCCGGGCUCUUUCUUCAGCCCAGGGCAACAGGCCGUGUCUCCAAAGCCAGAGUCGGUGACAAAAGUCCCUAGGCAAGAGUGGCAUAGUCCUGAGAUGCCCACAAAGGCUGCGAGAGGUUACGGUAAUGCUGGUGCAUCCAGCCAGAGCAGGACGGACAAGACCGUUUAUCAGGUUUAUAAUGUGUCCUACAAGACACCUGUGAAGGAGGAGGUCUAUGCUCCCAGAAAGGCUGAUACUGAAAGGUCAUAUCCCACCGGGAAAACAUCCAGCUUGACUAAAGUGUCUUCCAUAGAGGACCUGGACUCCAGCUUGGGUGAGAUGUAUAACAAAGGCAAUGCAGGCUGCACCAGUGACGGAAGCGCAUCCAACGAGAUCUUCAACGGCCUUGUGGAUCUGAGGGCCAGCAGCAAUGGCCUGGACAAGGAGACGAAUGUCAGCAACGAGACGCCCAUCGAGCGGGAGAUCCGCAUGGCGAUGGAGAGGGAAGAGAACCUCUGGAAGGAGAGGGGGAUCCAGCGACUGACCUCCAGCAGUGAGCUGGUGGAGAUCCAGACCAAGCCUCUGCUCUCCAUGCACACCUCUCCUGGCCCAGGCAGGAAAGGGAAGGACAAAAGCCGCGCUUCCCUUUACGUCCAGAGGGAAAUCGAGCAGGAAACCAAGCGCGAGGAAGAUCUGAAGAAGCAAGGGAGGCUGCUGGGGACGUAUGACAGGGGGACGCAGCAGGAGCUGGACGAGCGCAGGAGGGUGUUCGAGCAGGAGGAAGCCCCCCCGCAGAAGCCCACCUCCACGAGCAAGGCAGACGAGCGGAGGAGCUGGGUUAAUGAGUUUGCGGUGGAGCAGCCCACGAGCCACGGCCCCCACCCCGCAGAAGACACCAAGGGUGGGAGAAGCCUUCCCAGCUACGCAGUGAGCAUCACGCACUUCCAGGCGUCCCAGCCGCGUUUCGCUGCCAGCGAGAAGAGCCGGGACCAGCCCGUGGUGUCCCAGCGUGUUUCCGCCAGCACCAGCAAAUGGGGGAGCGAGGAUUCCCAGGGAGGAAGGCUUCCUGGCUCCACCCUGAGCCCCCCCGGCACGGCUGUCCUGCCCAGAGAGUACUUCUCCUUCUGCUUCUGGAAGCCCAAGGUCUCCUUCGUGGACGACAUGGGGACACAGAACCCGCUAAGGAGGGAGGACGGCCGGGAGGAGCAGUACAAGCUGAGGACCUGGAAGCCCCAGACGUUGGCACUGAUCGAGAAGGAGAUCCAGAGUGACUUGCAGAGGGAAGAGGAGCUGCAGGAGCAGCGGCGGCGGCGGCAGCUGAUAGAUGGCUACUCCGUGGUCGGCAGCGAUGGCGUUCCCCAGGAGGGCUCCCACUCACGGCACAGCUCCGCUGCCUCAGGUGUCAGCGGCAGCUACUCGGUGUCCGGGUCUCCCGUCUCUGCUCCUGCCUCGCACCAGGUGGGGGUCCUGGGGCUGAUGUCGUCCUUCACCCCGCUGAGAGUGGCGGGUCCCUCCCAGGGCAGCACGGAGACACUCGCCCCCGACUCGGCUCAUUCCAGCCCCUUCGAGGAGUGGAGGAGGAGGGUGAAGGAGGAGGGAAAGUAUGCAGGCAUUGAACCCGUUGACAAGAUCAACACAGAGGUUGUGGAGAGCACCCGAGUGGUUCGUCACAAGAGUGCCAUGGCCCAGCGCUGGGAGGCAGGGCAGUACGUCAGGGACGACGACUGAGGGAGCCCGCGGGGCCGGGGCAGGCCGGGGCCACCGGACUUGGCCGUGUACUUGCCCCGUUGGGGAUCAGCUGAGGCGCGAUCGGAAUACCUGAUCGGUUCAGCUCCUGGUUAUCACGAGAAUCAGAGACUUGUCCACUGCGAAUAGCAGCCGUUUUUAAUGUAACAGACGAUCCUUUUGAUGCAAUAGAUGUGCUCAUUCGUUCCCCCUUCCCUUUGGGGUGAGGUAAUACAUUUUUUUUUUCUGGAGGGGAAAGAUUGGAUCACUUCUGCGAGGAGGCAGCCGGAUGAAAUCAUGCGGUAGUUUAACCUCUUUCUCACUGGAAGCUGUGUCUCCGCCUCGCAAGGAAGCUGUUUUAUUUCUAAGCGGGUUUAGGUUCUCCGGUGCCGCCCGGGAGGCACCUGCACCGGCGCUCGCCUUGGGAUGGGCGUCAG